CAAUCAAGAUAUAUUGAAUCAACGCAAAGUAUAAUCAUGGAUAUAGACAAAACAAAUGAAUUUCUUGAGGCAAACUUUGAGUCAAAGUUUGUGGACUCUCUUAAGGACUUCAUUAGGAUCCCUAACCUCUCGCCUGCCUUCGACUCAGAGUUCCUGACCAAUGGGCUAAUAGAUGAAGCUAUUGAAUAUGUACAGAAGUUUGCAGAAGAUCUUCAAAUUGAAGGGCUACAAUCGCAUCUUGUCAAGAAUGAACAAGGAAAUCCCAUGCUAAUCUUUGUAUAUGAAGGAACAGCAGCAGCAAACAUUCUUGUAUACGGACAUUUAGAUAAGCAGCCACACAUGGAAGGAUGGCAGGAAGGCACAGGGCCUACAAACCCUGUUGUAAUCGAUGGACAUCUCUAUGGAAGAGGAUCAGCUGAUGAUGGAUAUGUGCCAUUUGCAACUCUUCUUGCUUUAAAGAACGCAUUAGAUCAAGGACAACCUCUUCCAAGAAUUGUUCUAGUUCUUGAAACUGAGGAAGAAAGUGGAUCUCCUCAUGUAGUUUCUCUUCUUGAACUCUCUUCAGAGUACAUUAAAGAUCCUGACUACUGCAUUUGCAUGGCUAAUACAGCUUUCGAUUUUGAUUCUCUAUGGCUAACUUCAACUAUGAGAGGAAUCUUAGCAUUUAAUCUCAAAGUGAGCGUUACUGAGAUAGCCUGUCACAGCGGAGUCUGUGGAGGAGCAAUUCCUGAGUCUUUCAGAAUUGCUAACUCCUUAAUAGAUAGAGUAGAAGACUCUUCUACAAAGAGGAUUCCCCUCUUUGAAGUAGAGAUACCUGAGUCCUAUGUUGAGGAGGCUAAGCAUGUAUCCUCUCUUGAAGGAGAGGAUUCCUUCAAGGAUUUCAAUUUCUUAGAUGGAGUAACUCCUAUCAAAGUGGAUCCUGCAGAGUCUUACUUGAACAUCAGAUGGAGACCCUCCCUUGCUGUAACAGGAGCAGAUGGGCUUCCUCCUACUUCUAAGGCAGGAAAUGUUGUGAGAGACUCUACGACUUUGAAGCUAUGUUUUAGACUUCCUCCAGGAGUCAGUAGCACAGAAUCUUUUGAGAAAGUCAAGGAGAUCUUUACAAAAGAUGUCCCGUAUGAUGCCAAAGUUGAGAUUUCAGGACUUCAAACUGGAGAUGGAUGGAGAAUGAAAGAACUUGAUGCAAAAUUCAGAGAUUUACUCAAUGAUGUAUCUGAUACUUUCUUUUCAAAGAAAGUAGGAUCAUUCGGAGGCGGAGGCUCUAUCCCAUUUUUAAAAACACUAGAAAACAGAUACACAAAAGCAAAGAUUAUUGGAGUUGGUAGUAAAGGACCUGGGCAUAAUAUUCAUGCUCCAAAUGAAAAUUUAUAUCUGCCGUAUACAAAGAAGUUCAUUGGGGCCUUUUCUCAUAUUUUAGCCGGGUUAGUUUAAA